AUGGUCACUCCUGUUGUAAAGCACACCAUCGUGAAGAAGCGUACUGCUCACUUCAAGCGUAACCAAUCUAACCGUUUCAAGCGUGUUGGUGAAUCCUGGAGAAAGCCUAAGGGUAUUGAUAGUGCUAUCCGUAGACGCUUCAAGGGUCAAGCUCCUAUGCCCAAGAUCGGUUACGGUUCUGCCAAGAAGACUCGUCACCUCUUGCCUAACGGUUUCCGUAAGUUCACUGUUUCUAACGUUCGUGAACUCAACCUCUUGUUGAUGCACAACCGUACUUAUGCUGCUGAAAUCGCUCACAAUGUCUCUUCCAAGAAGCGUAUCGCUAUUCUUGAACGUGCUGCUCAAUUGAACGUUAAGGUUAUCAAUGCUGGUGCUCGUCUUAGAUCUCAGGAGUAA